AUGAGCGCUAAUUCUCAACCAAAUGCCAAUUCGGGCCACAAUUCAGGCCAUAGUUAUCGCCGAAACCGACGACAAGAUCACGGCUUUGGAAACGCUUUCGGUUUCAGAAGUAAUAAUAAUUUGGACCAAAACUCCACUCAAUAUCACAACAAUUAUUAUCAGCCAAACAAUGAAUGGUCUGAUCCGCAGUCGACGCCACCAUUGGCUGCACCGCCGACGCCGAGUGGCAGCCAAUCAAAUGCCACUCAUUUUGUCGAUUAUCCACAAAAUAGUCAACAUUUUUAUGCAAAUGAAUCGCAAAAUAGUUAUCAAAACAAUAAUCCAAUGAAUUAUCAAAAGAGUCAUCAAAGAAGACAAGACUAUCGACGACCGCAACCACAGAGCCAUCACUCGAGACCUAAUGAUGCCAUGAGUUAUACGUACGACACGAAUGCGGCCGCAAAUUGGGAUCAAAGAAGUGACGAUAAUAACAGACAACGUGUUAACACUCAGGCCUUCGAUAGGUAUCCCAACAACUCUUCUAAUCAACCAAAGAGUUCGCGAAACGAUAAUAAUAGACAACGAGUGGAUCAACAUAUGGACAGAUUUGCGAACAACUCUUCGCCGCAGAAGAAUCACAGAAAUGGCGACAACAGGAGAGACAGAGAGGCGUACAAUAAUAGUAGAGCUCAACAACAGAGUGGUUACGAUAGAAGUGAUCGAAGAGAUAAUAAUUAUGACAGAAAUGAGACAAAAAUCAAUUCAAAAGAAACCAAUUCUAGUGAUAGUAAUAAUAGCCAUAAACAUAACCGAAGACGACAUGACAUGAAUAAAAGAGAUGACAAACCGAAGCCAAUUGGCGGCGAUUCCGAUGAGUCUCAGCGCGAGAUAAUGGAAGAGAUGCUCCGGAAGGGAGAGUUUGAAUGCAUGGUGUGUUGCGAUCAAAUCCGGAUCAGAGACACCGUCUGGAGUUGUGAGCAUUGCUUUAAUGUGUUUCAUCUGAAAUGCGUCAAAACGUGGGCCAACUCUCAGUCGGCGAAGACUCAAACCACUGCCGACCCGAACAAUACGAGUUGGCGCUGUCCCGCUUGUCAGGCGCACCACAAGCGGAUCCCUUCGCGCUAUUUUUGCUUCUGCGGUAAAAUACGCGAACCCGAACUCAAUCGUUAUCUCACACCUCAUUCUUGUGGCGAAAUGUGUGGCCGAAAGCGAAAAGUGGAUUUAAACCGCAAAUACAAUUGUCAACACAAAUGCCUACUUCUAUGCCAUCCGGGCUCAUGUCCUCCAUGUACUCAAAAGGUCACUCGUGAGUGCGGUUGCGGUCAAACAAAGAUCACUGUCAACUGUGCCACCAAUGAUGAGAGCGUUGUCUGCGAUAAGAUAUGCAACAAAAUGCUUAACUGUGGCCAACAUUUCUGCCCGAAAGCGUGUCAUUCGGACGCAUGCGAUGUCUGUCCGAUCGUCAAAACCCAACAUUGUUUUUGCGGUCAACACGAAAAACAAGUCGAAUGUAAUGUCGAAAACAGUUUAGUCGACGAAUACUCGUGUGAAGAGAUGUGUAACAAAACUCUAAACUGUGGCAAACAUUUCUGCCAACAGAUAUGCCAUUUCGGCAAAUGUACGGACUGUCCAUUGGAUCCAAAAGUGGUCACUCAUUGUUGUUGCGGUAAAACACAAUUGUCUGCUUUGGGCGCCAGCGCUAAGCGCACGUCCUGUACGGAUCCGAUCGCCACGUGUGACCACAUUUGCGACAAAGAGUUGGUCUGCGGUCCGGACAAAGAGCCGCACAAAUGUCGCCGCGUUUGUCACCGCGAUGUCUGCCAAUGCGAUCAGAAGACAGUGAUCAGGUGUCGAUGCGGUGCCAACAGUGAUAACAUUGAGUGCACAGAAUUGGCGUCAAAUGUGGGCAAAACGUUUAACUGCAAAAAGCGAUGCAAUAAAAAGCGCGGUUGCGGUCGACACAAGUGUUUGAACGAGUGUUGCGUCGAUUCCGACCACAAGUGCGACCAAAUAUGUGGCCGAAAAUUGUCGUGCGGUCUCCACGCGUGCGAAGACUCGUGCCAUAACGGCUCGUGCGCUCAGUGUUGGAACAUAUCUUGGGAUGAGUUGCAGUGCCGGUGCGGCGCCGCCACUAAACUGCCGCCCAUCGCGUGCGGCACCAAACGGCCCGAAUGCGGACUCAUCUGCUCCCGAGAUCACGGCUGCGACCAUCAGGUGAACCACAUCUGUCACGACGACUCGGAGUGUCCGCCCUGUACUUACUUCGUGCCCAAAGUUUGCUACGGAGAACACGAGUCACGGCCCGUCCAGUGCUACGAAAGUGGCUAUUCGUGCGGCUAUUUGUGUGGUAAGCCAUUGGACUGCGGUCUACACGAGUGCCAAAUGAUCUGUCAUUUCGGUGAUUGCAACGAAUGCACGCUUCCGUGCAGUAAGACUCGCGACGACUGCGACCACGUGUGCGGACUCAAGUGCCACCAGAAGACAUCGCCCGACGCGUGUCCCAAAUCUAAGUGCAAGAUCUCGAUGAAAGUGAUGUGCAGUUGUGGCCGAAAGACGGAACAAAUGCCGUGUUUUAAAGUGAAUGACGAAAACGCGAUACGACUGUCGAUGAAUACGUUGGCCAAUCAGAGGAUCAAAAACGGCGAAAGCGUUAACAUCACAGAAAUAUUGAAGAAUUUAAAGGACUUUAAGAACAUUCAAUUGAAAUGCGACGACAAGUGCGCUGUCGUCGAGCGGAACAGACAAUUGGCCGAAGCGUUGGACAUAAAAGACGCGACGUUUAGUCCAGAUCCGGGUCCUCCGCGGUAUUCGGAUUUGCUUAAGAAUAGCGCCAGAAGUGAGUCGGCAUUCGUGGCCGACAUUUACGACAAACUGACAAAACUAGUGAUUGAAUCGAAACAAUCGAAAUUGAGUUUCAAAAAUCUGAAUUUUCCGCCAAUGAAUUCAGACAACAGACAUAUAAUACACGAAUUGGCCGAACAUUUCGGCUGCAAAACCCAUGCCGUGGAUCGCGAGCCCAACCGAAGCGUUGUCGUGAAGGCCUCUAAAGAGAAGUGCUAUUUGCCGACACUUAGUCUUAUGGAAACCGUGAAACUCGAGACCGAAGUCAAGACUAAGAAUAAGAUAACUCUCAAGAAUUAUAGUUUCGAUUCGGAAACUAAUGACACGAAUAGCAAGCUCACGAGCAUUACAUCUGAAGACAUCGCCACCACAUCCGACACUAAACAAAGCGAUGACAACAAAAUUGAUGUGUUACUUCGGGCGACGGGAGACGCGCCUAUUAUGAGAAAGAAGAACUGGAAAGUGGACUCAAACCGAACCAUUGGAUGGAUUAAUGAAUUCGUUAAGAAGUAUAUCAAACUCGAAGCCAACGAAUCAUUGUUUCUAUACGUAAACCAGACAUUCAGUCCCUCUCCCGACCAAACAGUUGGCAAUCUAUUGGAGUGUUUCGGUUCCGACGGUAAACUUGUCUUAUAUUACGCUAAAUCCCAGGCCUGGGGUUAA